ACCUGUAACUCGAUUGUUGAAGUGUUGUACACAGGGGUAGAGUUUUUCCACUCAAGACAAGUUGUGAAGAGGAUGACAACUUUAAAGAUGAUCACACUGUGUCUGAUAUUUGCACUUCUCGUAGAGAUGGUUGAUGUGCGAGCGGGAACGGAGUCUUCAUCCAUACGUCAAGAGAGUGGUCUCAUGUCAGUCAACGUUGGAGACACAGUGGUAUUGCACUGCUUUCAAGAAAGUGACAUGGCAAUAUUGUUCUCUUGGUACAAGCAAACCUUGGGAGAUAAACUUCAACUCUUCUCAACUGUCAAUAAGUUUGAAAGGAACGCAACAUUUUACCAUGAGUUUAAGGAUAACCCUCGCUUCUCGGUGGAAAAUGGCCAAGAAAAGAAUCACCUAAGGAUCUCAGACAUGCAGCUGUCAGAUUCAGGCACUUACUACUGUGGGAGCUCUUAUAGCAAUAAGAUGGAGUUUGGAGAUGGAGCCAUUCUCAUUGUAAAAGUUUCAGGGUCCAGAAACAUGACUGUGCUCCAGCAAUCUGUGUCUGAGUCGGUCCAGCCAGGAGACUCUGUGACUUUGAACUGUACAAUACACACUGAGACCUGUGCAGGAGAACACAGUGUCUAUUGGUUCAGACAUGGCUCAGGAGAAUCCCAUCCAGGAAUCAUUUACACCCAUGGAGACAGGAGUGAUCAGUGUGAGAGGAGCCCUGAGGCGAGGUCUCCUACACAGAGCUGUGUCUACAACCUCCCCAAGAGGAACCUCAUUCUCUCUGAUGCUGGGACUUACUACUGUGCUGUGGCCUCAUGUGGGCAGAUACUGUUUGGGAAAGGGACCAAGCUGGACAUUGAGGGCCAUAGAGCAGAACCUCUUCUCUUGGUGUACUGCCUGGGUGUAGCAUUGGCUCUUUCAUUCAUCCUGAUCAUUGCACUUGCUGGCAUCAUGUACAAGAUGAACAAGAGAAAGUGCAGAGAACUGGUCUCUCAGACAAGAGGUCCUACAGUUUCCCAGACAGACGCAGGGGCCGAAGAUGCAGACAGUCUCCAUUAUGUAGCUCUGAAUCUGAGCAACAAGAAAAACAGGUCUAGAAGACAGAGAAGCAACAUGGAGGAAGAGACGGUCUACUCUGGCAUCAGACAGUAGAACUGGAUGAAUGAAACAGUUGCCAUUGUAUGCAAGAUACCUCUUUAAUAACUAGCUCUAUAUGAAUGCUUCAGUAAAAUGUGAUAGACUCUUUCAAGUGUAAUAUAAUAUGAAUAAAUUGAACUCAGAAUGCAUUCUGUUCACACUCCUCUGUGGUCAUAGUUACAGUGACUUUCCAGACCUUUAACAGACCUUUAACACAGGAAGACUGACCUGCAGCAACACACUGCACUAUACUUUUCCUCUCAGGGCCAAAGUACUGUUCCUACCCCUGAGUGCAAUACUGGUCUCUAAACACAGUGCUUACAAGGUAAAGGUCAAUGUUCUCAUUUAUGUGAAGUCAGGUGGUCCCAUCCAUCAUGUUACAGAAAAUACAAUGCAGUUGUGGUGUAGGAGGUUUACUUCUUUGUUUUCUCUUUAAGACAUAGGCCUACUGAUUGCAUGCCAAACACCCCCUCACAUACUCAGCAACAUAUUUAAAGGUAUUCUGCGGUCUGCUAUGAACAAAACUCGAGGCUGUAGCUACCUACACUUUGUUAAGGCCUGUUGGCUUCUACACAGGACGCUCUCUCUCUUUCUCACUCUCUCUCUCGCUUUCUCUCUCUCUCUCUUUCUCUCUCUCUCUCUCUGCUCUUUCUCUCUCUAUCUCUCUCUCUCUCUCUCUCUCUCUCUCUUUCUCUCUCUCUCUCUUUCUCUCUCUCUCUUUCUCUCUCUCUCUGCUCUUUCUUUAUCUCUCUCUCUCUCUCUCUGCUCUUUCUCUCUCUAUUUCUCUCUC